UGACUGCCGCCUGCGCAAAAACAUGCGGUAGGAUCUCAUUAACGCAUCAGCUGAUGCCAUACUUUUUUCAGCACCACGGACAGCUCCGUUCUGCACAGCAGGCAGAUGGCGGCGGUUAUAAAUGCCCGCAUGGAGCUCCUCAUCAGCACCUCACAUCGACAACAGACGCCGCAGCAUGGAUAAGAGCAGGUUCGGUUCCGCUCCAAACGCGCACGCACGACAACAAUCAAGACUGGAUCCAAGAGAACCGAGCACCGGCCUUCGAUCCGUGGAGAUGAGUUCGAGGUCUGCAGCUCUGGGGUUUGGGAAGUUUGAUGAGAAAGAGCACAUGCUCGGCUUGAACGACCGCCUGGCGCGGUUCAUAGAGAAGGUGCACCAGCUGGAGCAUCACAACCACCUUCUGGAGAGGGAAAUCGGGGAGAUCAGGGGGAAAGCAAAGCCCGCGUCCUGCCUGGAGGAGCAGUAUGGACCGGAGCUGAGGAGGCUGAGGCAGCUGGUUCAGGACAUCACCCAGCAGAACAACCAGAUUGAGAUCGAGCACCAGAAUUUAGAGGAGGAGCUUUCCACUUUGAGAAAACGACAGGAGAAAGAGACGCAGAGCAGGCUGGACGCAGAGAGCAACAUCUCAGCCCUGAAGAGGGAGAUCAGUGACGCAUACCAGGCUAAGCUGCAGCUGGACAAGAAAGCGCAAUCUCUAGUGGACGAGAUCCACUUCCUGAAGACGGACCACGAGGUCGAGGUGUCGGAGAUGCUGGAGCAAAUCCAGCGGGACGCGCAGGUGAACGCGCCGGAGUUCGGCCACCCGGGCGUCACCGCGGCGCUGCGGGACAUCCGGGCGCAGCUGGAAGGUCACGCCAUGCCCGACGUGCAGCAGAUGGGGGAGAACUUCCGAUCUCAGUUUGCUAAACUGACGGAGGCCGCCGAGGCCAAGAGGGACGCUCUGAAAAGCAGCCAGCAGGAGAUCCAGGAGUUCAGGAGGCGCCUGCAGACCAAAAGCGUGGAGCUGGACUGCGCCAAAGGAACCAGGGAGGCGCUGGAGAAGCAACUCCAUGAUGUUGAGGAUCGCCACAAGGAGGAACUUAUACACUAUCAAAAUACAAUCAAGGAGCUUGAAAAUGAGCUCAUAAGCUGUAAAUUUGACAUGUCUGGCUACCUGAGGGAGUACCAGGACCUCCUCAACGUGAAAAUGGCUUUGGAUGUGGAGAUACUGUCCUACAGGAAACUUCUCUGCGGCGAGGAGGCCCGCCUGUCCUCGGCCUCCGACGCCCCCAUCUCCUUCCCGCACAUCUACCACCAGUCCCCCGUUUACACCCUCCCCUGCUUCAGCCGACAGGGAGGCAGACGAGCAGAACCACAGUACAAAUUUGUGGAGGAGAUCAUAACCGAGACCACCCGGGAGAUCGAGAUGACGGAGUUUGAAGACGCAGAGUCGGAGGAGGCAGACGUGGGGAAAGAUGCGAGUCUUAAAAGUGAGAAAAGUGAGGAAGAAGACGAUCAUAAGGACAGUGGAGACGGAGAGGGAAACCAGGUGUCUGAUAGUCUACAGAAACAAGUAGCUCCAACUGAACAUGAGGAUGAAGAUAGAGCCGGUGAGAUGCAGAAUGGUGAAAAAACCUCAAAAAUGAAGGAGGAGUCACAUGGUACUGAAGAUUUAGGAGAUAUUCAAGAGAUGAAAAGUUCUUCAAAUGAGGAAAAUAGCAAAAAAAUGAAGGAAAAACUUGUAGAAGAGAUUGAAGAUCAGAAAGAUGUCAGUGUGGAGGAUGAAUCUAAAUCUGCUGAAGAAAAAGGUGAAACAUCUGAUCAAACUCAAGAGCUUGAUGGUGGUGCUGAAGCGAAGCAACAAGAAACGGAGCAUUCGGCCUCUGAGUUAGCUCACAAAACUAUAGUGGAAGCAAAGGUCACUCCAGAGGCAGCAGGAAUGUCUGAACAGACCAAGGGAAGUUCAGGAAGAGAAUCCGAGAAAACAGAUCCUCAAGGAAUCGGCAAAACCGACCUGAUGAACGGUCACAAAGAAAAAGAGGCGAAAAACGUUCAGGAUUUGAAAGAAAACAGUGAUUCAUCCCUUCAAACUGCAAAGAUGGAGGUGGUGGAUGUGGAAAGGGAUGAAACCAGCACAACCCAGACGGAAAAGACCGCCAAAAUAAAAGCACCGGACAGCAGCCAAAUGAAGAAACAAACUUUAGCAGAAAAAGAUAAAUGAGGCUUGAAGUAAAGCUGGAUCGAUGCAAGUCAGGAAAGCUGAAGGCGCAAAAAUGUAGCACAAACUGUGUCUGACAUACACAUAAAAAAACCCAAAAUGCUUUUUUUUUUGUUUUUGCACAAAACAUGUUUGCCUUCGAACUUUGAUUGUAACCUUUUAAACUUUGGUUUCUCUUUAUUUAGAUUCUUUUAAAACACAGUUCUAAUCUAAUUGGAUGAAAAUGUCCACUUUGAGAAAGUAUGUUUUCAGCUUUGUUAUGUGCUUGCUAAUAAAUCCAAUAUCAAAACA